UCACAGGAACUGGAAUUGCGGAUAGAAACACAAAAGCAAACUCUGCAAGCUCGAGAUGAAAGCAUUAAGAAGCUACUAGAAAUGCUACAGAACAAGGGAAUGGGCAAAGAAGAGGAGCGUAUUAUGUUCCAGCAAAUGCAGUCCAUGGCGCAAAAACAGGAGCUCAAAGCCACGAACGAGACGUUGAAGAGUCUUCAGACGCAAUUGGAACUCGCCUACGCGACAACGGCGUCGUCUUCAACGUGCCUCGGCGGCAGCGUGGUGGUGCCGGGCGGCGUGCCGGGCAGCACCACCCUCACGGCCAUCCUCGAAACGAAAGACGUUCGGAUACAGACCCUCGAGCGGCAGAUCCAGCUGCUCGAGGCCGAGCUCCAGCGGAUCAAGGAUUGCGGCGGCCGGCUGCGGGAGCAGCUGCUCCGGGCCGUGGUGGUGCCGAGCGGUAGGGCCUCGAGGCAAAAGCCGUGCAGACCGGCCUCGACGUCGCCCCCGCUCGGCUACAGCCCCGGGCUCGUCAAUCCCUACGCCGAUUACGCGCGCCACGCCCAUCAUCACAUGCAACAGCAGUGGGUGCAGCCUCAGAAUCUCCCCUCGCUCAGGAGGGACCAGUACCUCAAGCACAUCAUGCCUGCGGCCCAGGGGGCCCUGGCUCUCUACUCUCACGCUUUCAACGAGCACGAUGUCAGCUUCAAACAUCAACUCGACGAGCUGAGGACGGAGGUGCAGCGCCGCGACCAGGAACUCCUCGCCAUGGCCGCAAAGAUGAAGACACUCGAGGAGCAGCACCAAGAUUACCAGCGCCACAUAGCCGUGCUCAAGGAGUCGCUCUGCGCCAAAGAGGAGCACUACAACAUGCUCCAGGCAGACGUGGAAGAGAUGAGGCAGAGACUGGAGGAGAAGAACAGGUUGAUUGAGAAAAAGACCCAGGCCGCCCUGCAGGCCCAGCAGGAGCGCAAUCGAUUCAACACAGAACUGACGGAGCUCAAGGACCACAUGGACAUUAAGGACCGGAAGAUAAACGUUCUUCAGCGCAAGAUAGAGAACUUGGAGGACCUGUUGAAGGAGAAGGACAAUCAGGUCGACAUGGCUAGGGCGCGGCUGACGGCGAUGCAGGCCCAUCACUGUAGCAGCGAGGGCGCCCUCAGCAGCCUGGAGGAGGCGAUAGGCGACAAGGAGAAGCAGAUGGCCCAGUUGCGGGAGCAGCGCGACCGAGCCGAGCAGGACAAGCAGGAGGAGCGCGAGCUGCACGAGCGCGAGUUGGCCGAGUACAAAAUGAAGAUACACACCCUUGAGUCGGAAGUCGAGAAGCUGAGUGCGCGAGUUGAGCGUUCGCAGGCGGAGAAAGACCGUCUCGAGACGAAAUUGGAGAGCUCACAGUCCGAGCUGGGCAAAAGUAAGGCCGAACUAGACAAAGCAGCCUCGGAGGUGGGCCGCAGCGGGGCAGACUGGGAGGCGGCCAAGCAGCGGCUAACCCGCCUCGAGCUAGAAAACGACAAGCUCAAGCACGAUCUGGAGAGGACGCAGUCCUUCGGCAGGAGCAAUUUGACCUCGUCGCAGGAGAUCGAGAGGAUUCAGGAGCGCGCCGACAAGUCCAAUGCCGAGCUGAGGAGAGUCCAGGCCGAACUGCGCGUCACUCAGGCGGAGAACGAGCGGUCCCGCGCUGAAGUGUUGGCCCUCCAGGAGAAGGUUGAAAAGAGCCAAGGGGAGGUCUAUAGACUAAAAGCGAGACUUGAGAACGCGCAGAGUGAGCAAGACAGUUUGCGAGACGAAUACCAACGGGCCCAGAGUACCCUCGAAGACAAAUUAGAAAAGUCGCAGAUGGAAGUGCGAAGGAUGCAGUUAGAAAAAGAGAAGGACAGCUAUGAUUACGAAAGGAUGCAGGGCCAACUUGACAAGACCCUCGGAAAGAUAACUAGGAUAGAGCAAGAGAGGGACAGUAUAAAUCUGGAAUUGGAUUGCCUCGAGGACAAGUACAAUAAAGCUCAAGGGCAGAUAUCGAGAAUGCAAAAGGAGAUCGAUGAGCUGCAGGCCGCGAAAGAGAGGCUGGAUGUGCAGCAGAACAUGCUUCAGAGGGAGAGGAACGAGAAGGACGACGAGCUACAUCUCGUAAAGGACCGUUUGGAAAAAGCUCACGCAGCCCAACAGAAAGUUAUCAAAGAGAGAAAUGAAGCACUUUCCGAACUGGCAAUUGUGAAGGAUCGGUGGGAAACUGCCCACGCGGCCCAUCUGAAAGUUGCCGGCCAGGUAACGAGAAUGCAGAAGGAGAUCGAUGAGCUGCAGGCCGCGAAAGAGAGGCUAGAAGUGCAGCAGAAUCUGCUUCAGAGGGAGAGGAACGAGAAGGACGACGAGCUGCAACUCGUAAAGGAACGCUUAGAAAAAGCUCACGCAGCCCAACAGAAAGUUGCCAACGAGAGAGAUGACGCGCUUGCCGAACUGGCAAUUUUGAAGGAUCGGUGGGAAAAGGCUCACGCGGCCCACCAGAAAGUGGCACUCGAGAAAGACGACGCCCUCACCGAGCUGGGCAUCUUGAAGGACCGUUGGGAAAAGAACCAAGCGUCCCAACAAAAGUUGACGCUGGAGAGGGACGACGCACGGACGGAGCUGAUGAUUUUGAAGGAGAAAUUGGCUCGAGUGCAGGAGCAACACGAGCGCAUACUGGCAGACAACGAACGCCUGAGCUACCAGGUUCAGCGCGCGCAGAGCAAGGACCGGCAGCGCCAGGAUAUGGAGAGCACGCGCGAGGAGGGCGUCAGAAAUAAAAAGGAGCUGGAGCAGCGCUGUCACGAGCUGCAGAUCAUGCUCGACAACGCGCGCGAAGAGCUCCGGGAGUUCAAAGACGGGCAGGAUUGGCUCAAAGCCAGCAACGAGAAGCUGCGCGACGAGGUCACGAGGAUGGAACGACUGCUGGAGCGCGAGCACAAACAGAAGGAGGAAUACGAGCGCGACUGCGAGCGGCUUCGUGAAAGACUGUCAAAGUCAAGUCAGGAUAUGGAACGCCUGCGUGACUUGGAGACGCGCUCGGAGAGCCGGUUGAGCACCAGCUCCACCUCGGCGCGGAAUCAGGAGCUCGAAAAAACCCAACUACAGCUCGAGCGAACGAAAGAGCGUCUCGAGGAUCUCGAAACAGACAACGAGAAGCUUCGCGUCGAGAUCAUGCGGCUCAAGGAGGAGACCACGGGCAAGAGCAGAUCCGAUAACAGCGUCGAAACUGAGCUGCGGGCGAGCUUGGAGAAGGCCAUAACUGCCCGCGAUCAGGUCGAACUAGAAGCCGGUCAUUUAGCUAAAGAACUACAAAAGGCCCAGCUCGGGUUAAGCAAGGCAGCCGAGGUGGCGGAGCUCAUCAAAAAGGAGAACCAGCGGCUCGUCGAGGAGAAAGCGGAAUACGAACGCGUCCGGCUCGAUUGGGAGCGUCUGCGCGAGAGACUGGAGAACGACCUGCAGAUUGCCAUUCGCGACCGCGACAAGAUGGCAGCCAUCCACACGAACAGAGAGAAGCACGCGGAGACAAUACAAAAGGCCAAAGAGAAGCUCGAGGCCGAGACAAAGUCUCUGCUGAUAGAGAGAGAUCAGUUGGUCAUACAGUUGGAAAAGUCGCAGGACAUGCUGAUGAACUUGGACGCGGAGAUAGAGAAGCAGCGCGAGGAGGUGCGCCGGUUGCGCCUUCAGUUGCAGCAGCAGCCCCAGCAGCCCCAGCAGGACGAGUUCCACCGGCAGCAGGAGCAGUGGCAGAGGCAAUUAGAGGCGGAGAAGCAGCGAGCCGACGCAGCCGAGAAACGCCUUCAAGCGGCUGAGCGGCAAAUCCAUGCCCACCAGCAGCAAAUACAACAGAUUCAACAGCAGCAAAUGCCCACGCAGAACCCAGGGGAAAUCAAUCGCUUGAAAAAAGAACUCGAAUCGGCUAGGGAGGAGGUGGCCCAAGCGUCCGUGGAAAGGGAGAGAUUUCAGGCCCAAAUUGAGAUGCUUUGUCAGGAGUUACAACAGAAUCAGGUUGCUCUUCAUGACGCGACCAACAAAUUACAGCAGGGAGCUGCCGCCGGGGGUAGCGCGGACACGAGUCAGGAGCGCCGGCAGCUAGACGAGCAGAGGCGACAGUUUGAACAGCACAGACAGCAGAUCGAAGAAAAGGCCAAGAGCCUCGACGCUAAGGCUAGGGCCCUCGAUGAGAAGGAGAGGCAGUUCCAGAUGAUCGACCAAGAGUUCAAGAAGAGAAAGGCUAAGAUGGACCAACUGGAACAGCAACUCCAGAAGAGCGGCGGUGCUCCGGACAAAAGAUUGGCCGAGUUGCAAAAAGCUCUGGAAAAUGCCGAGAGAGAACGCGAGGCCGCCAAGGAAGAGGCCAAGCGUAGCGCGCAGGAGACGGAAAGAUUACUGCAGCUCGUUCAGAUGUCGCAGGAGGAGCAAAAUUCCAAGGAAAAGCAGAUCCGAGAUCUUCAAGAAGCACUAAAAGCCGCACAAGCAAAGAUUAAAGCUGCAGCUGCACAGCAACAAGAGGCAGGUCCCGCCGGCUUCUUGAAAAGUUUGUUCUAAGUGCUCGUCUUGCUGGGAAAAACUUUCAACGUUACGCAUCUUAUUUUUUAUAAAUAUUAAUUUAGCUAUCUAUAAAAAAAAAAAUUAUAAUAAUAAUAAUAAUAAUAUACUGAUCGAGAGCACACUCCGCGCGGCCAAACAUCGACUGGGAGGCAAGAAACAGGCUCGAGUCGACGUGAAAAGACCAAAAGAUAACAAAUUAUCCAAUGGAUACACAUACUUAUAGCUAUACCUACAUCAUCACGAGAAAUUAUACACGCAUAUAAUGAUUUGGACCACAGUUUUGAGUAGAUUCGAAUAUAUAAACAUUGAUAAUCAUUUGUAUUAUUGAUAAUCAGCAAAAAGUACACGAAAGGCUAUAGAAAACUGAUAAUAUAAUAUAUAAAAUGUAUAUUGUUUUGUUCGUCGAGCAGAGCAAGAGAAAAUAAUAACUGAAGGUGCAUAGGGAAAAUUGUUACUGUUCGUUGUAUUGUAUAUCGGUUGAACGAUUCCAAGUUGAAACAUCACCUAUUUUUUUUAUUCAUUCUUUACCGCUUGUAUAUAAACGCACACAAUCGCAUUAAUGAUGUACAUGAAAAAACUUAUGAUUAAUAUAAUUGUUGAAAAAUCCUCGAUUCUAUAUAAUAGUUUAUGACGAUUUUUUAAUGAAUAAUAAACGUUAAUGAAUUGAACAUUAAAUUUUACGAGUAUCUUUGAUAAUAGUAUUUUCAGUAAUGAUAAAAAACUGCACGAUCUCUGAAGGUAAGAUUUUUCUCGAUUGUAAGUUUGAUCUUAAAAAAAAAAAAAAAAAAAAAAAAUAAAAAAAAAAUAAAAAUAAAGCGCCGAGACGGAGUAAAUUAUUAGGUUUGAGCGUUACGAGGUAUUUUUUUUAAACAAAAACAAUACAAAAGUAUUACCAAACAAAAAAAUAAUAAAACGAAAAAUGGCCAACUCAGCGAGAUAGCUCAUCACCGAGGAAAUUAAAGCCGUUGCAUUGUGAAAACUUGUACGAAAGCUAAUGUGCAGUCUUUAAAGUUCUUUCAUGUUGCUAUAAAGUCUCGCUUCAGUCGUAAAAGUCAAAGUCAAAUGAGAGUACCUUGAUCGCGUGUGUAAUCCUUCCGAUUUCUAUGAAUAGAUCAAUUUUGUUUUAUAUCAAAAUGCACUAUUGGCAAAAUAAUAAUUUUCAUCACUUUCACUCUCACUUGCUUUUCGUAAGACUGAAAUCGCUGAUACACGUAACAGUACUUACUACGAAUAAAUAUGCCAAGAUUGCAUUCAAAACGUAUCGAUCCGGAUACAGUUGUUUUCGAAUGACACAAAAAUUUACUCGUUAAACUUUCUCAAUGUUGAUAUUUCAAAUGUAUACUUCAAACGAGUUUCUUGAAAUAAUUUGACUAAAAUCUUGGAUUCUUGAAAAAAGCAGGACCUCCCGUCGUUGAAAGAAAAUACUCGAUAUCCGGAUUUAACCACAUUAUUAUGGGUAAUUUUGAAAUGCAUACUCCAACUUGUUAAAUAAACGAUGUUGCUGGAAACUGUUCUUAUCGGUGUGCACAUAUCAUUUGUAAGAUAAUUCAUAAUCUUAGAAAAGCUAGAGUGUCUAAGCAACAACAAAUUUAUCAACUCUCGUAUUAUUUAUAAAGUGUAUUUUGGCAUUUGUGUUUCGUAUCUUUGCCGAGAUAACUGUACAUUUUUCUAAUAUUUUCGUUGAAUGAAUGAGUAAAUAUAUAACUUGGAAAAAAAAAAAUAAUAAUAAUACUAAUAAUACUAAUUAUCGUUUGGGAAAUGGUUGUUGGGUUAUUGUAUCGUGUUGUCAUUCAAAGUCGUGACAUUAUCGAAUAAGCAACAAAAGGCUGAUUCAAUUUUUUCAAGAUCAAUUAGAAGAAAAAUACUUAUGAUAAAGCGACAAAGCUAUUAUUGUAACCGAAUUGAUAAAUUUAAAACAUUGUACAUGUGAUCGAAUGUAUAUGAAAACUCCAUUCGUGCUGUCAGAACAUCUACAUAUUUGUGUGUAACAUACACACGUAUAUUGCGGGUAUGGAUAAUAAUUAUUAUAAUCUUCAGGCUAAGGAAUGCCCUGUGAUCAAUUUAUGAAUAUUUAUGAUUUUGAGACAUUUCAUUGUUUAAAAAAUAAUUGUUCAUCAAUUUUGUGGGGUGCGUUGAAUCAUUAAUUUUAUUGUAUUUUAUGGUAAGAUGAAAAAAAUUUGAUGACGUGGUCCAAAAAUAAAAAUAAAUUCAUACGCAUGUGAAAAAGUUGGUUAAAUCACAAGUGACGUAAAAAAAAAAAAAAUUAUUAUUGUGGCUGCAGGAGUAGAAUGAAUCCUAAAAUGCGUAUGAUUUCUCUAACAUAGGUACAUAAAAUAUGAUUGAUUAAAAAAAAAAAAAAAAAAAAAAAAAAAAAAAAAAAAAGAGAGACGUUUUAACUCUAUUUUAAUUUAAAGGCUUAUCUCCUGUAUUGAAAGAUUUGCGCUAAUGAUAAGUUUGUUUUAUAUUGAAUUUUUCAACACCAUUAAAGAAAGUUUACACUUGUAUUCAUAAAUAUAAACUAAACUAAAUAUAAUUCAAUCACCAUAUCAAACGUAACGUAUUCAUGUCGUCAAUGUACGAAUGAAAAUGUACGUUACAAGCUCAUUUUGCGUUUCCAAUGAAAUUUUAACACAACAGAAAUCGUAUGAAUAUAACCGUAUAACGCAAUAGCGCGUCUUUAGUGAUUUGCGCACAAAAUCGCCCCUCGAUGAUAAAACCUUCAACAAUGACACGUUAAAAUAGACAUGUUAGUUAUGUGCGCAUGACACUGUCUCAAUGCUAAAUUAGUUCACGUAUACACAAGUGCACAAUUGAAAAAUACGUCACAUCGAAUAAUAAUUAAAGUUCUUGUCAGAAUUGGAUUGUUGAUUUUUCGAUAAAACAUAUAUAUAGUUUUAGGAAUGCACUCACAGACACAGGAAAAAAAAAUUUCGAAUUCUUUGGGGUUGAAGAAUAAAUCUAAUCGGACAGUGCGAUUAGUUUGGCGAAAUUCAAGUAACAAUUGACGAUUAGAGUAUAAAUAAUUGGCCAACAUUGAGUACAUAUAUAUAUUUGCUGCAAUUCACGAGAGGGAUGAUAUUUUUUGAAUUUACUGAUCACGGGUCCAAAGCUCAUCGUCAUUGUAUAGCGUAUAUACGUAUACAAAUUUAUAUGAAUUAUGUAAACAUUAAUUAAAUAUAAAUACCUUAUAAAUAUGAACUCAUAUAUAGUUGAAAGUAAAUUGCGAUGUUUGGAGUGAAAAAUAUUUGUAUUCGAGUGUGGUUUAAGCAAGCAAUAUACACGACUAGUGUGUUUAAUGCAUCUUUACAAGUAUGGAUCUGGCACGUACGUACAUAUAAUAUAUAGGGGGAUAAUUAACAUAUUGUAAUGGCUUGUCAAGACUGUCGUAUUACAUCUAUUGGUGCCCAAGAUCACGAUGAAAAUGUUUCGGAUCAUAUGAGAAUUAUUUAAUCGGAGGAAUGAAUUUGUAAAUUUUAUUAUACACCACGGGAAAGGUGUCGAUUUGUUCUCACGAUGACAAUAAUGACUGUUGGUUCGUUUAUUUGCAAGUUCGUCUCUAUGAAUGAAAACCAAUUCGAUGGAAAACGAAAAUUUUUGCAUUGCACAAGAAAAAUUUCAACAUCAUUCAGAAACGUGUUAUACUUUACUCUUGAUGUGUAUAUGACUUUAUUAUGAUGUAUACAUGACACGGUCCUGUUUUUAUGUUUCUUUCCCAUGUAUUAUGAUGUAAUUGCGUAUCAGUUGUAUCAAGGCAACCUUUAAAUAUUGAAAUCCGUGGUAUCACGUUUUCUAUUAGUUGCAUUCAAUCAAGUAAGUAAAGCAUUAGAAAUUUCGGGUUGCAUUUAUAUCUUAUGCAUUAAAAGCAAUAAAACAUUUGUAAAAUUUUUAUUAACGAUAGAGGCCAACGAGCACCGAAAUGUUUUUAAUUAUUUUUGAAAUUUCGAACCAUAUGAUAUUCAAGAAAGUUCACGAGAAAUUAUGUAUAAAAAUCUAUCCAGCGAGCUGAGGAAUCUUAAAGUGGGAUAGAUCCAUAUCACUUUUUGUUUAUAGUAAAGUCAUAUAAAACAAGGAAUUUUGCAAAAUUUUCGUUUGAAGAACAAAGCCUAAGAAUCGUAAAAGAUUUAUAAAAGUGUAAAUAUGAUAUAAAAACAAGAAUAACUGUCUUUAAUUGAAUAUAAAUAUAUAAAUACAUACACAUAUAUAAAUAUAUGGUUGCGUGUGAGACGUGUAUAAGAGAUACUAUUGAUAAUUAAGUGUAUAUUGUCGCCAUCAUAUCAAGCCUAUAUCAGCGUGUUAUAUCGUGAUAUAAUAAAGUUAUUAAUCGCAUUGUUAUGAAAAGGUAUGUAGUUGUUAAAUGCGUGAUAAAGUUUUUGUUGUAUUUUUUCGACAAAAGUAAUUAUGCUUCAUCUUGCUGGUUGAUCCUUCCUCUUUUAAAUUGAUGGAUUUUCGAAGAUGUUUUGAUUUAUAGAAACGUUUUGUUUUACUGUUUGAAAAAUUGUUGGUAUUUUGUGAUGUCAAAUGUCGUGCGGAAGAUCGACUUGAGACGAUAAAAUAUGUCAAUCACGAUAUCAAUCGAAAAACUGCUUCGAGUUGACAGCGUAUAAAUUAUACCAAACUGCAGCAACAUUUAUAGAUCAAUGGGUGUAAAUCUAAUAUUAUUUCUCAUUGAUAUUACGAGGAUUUAUAAAUAGUUAUUAAGACGUCAUAACACUAAAAGACAUUAUUAACCGUUACAAUGUUAAUAAAUUCAUAAUAAUUAAGAUAGUUGAAAUAUGAAUUAAAAUUAUAAAAAUCUAUUAAAAUUUAU